AUGCAUUUCGUUAAGACCAUUGUCUCCCUCUUCGCCCUCUCCAGCUUCGCCGCUGCUCAGGUCCACGGUGAGGAGUUGGAGGCUGCCCUUGCUGCCCGUGAUGUCGCCUACGAGGACCUUCUAUUCGCUCGUGAAGAGUACAUUGAGAAGCGCGAGCUCUUCAAGCGCCUUCCCGGCCCCGGUUCCUGCAAAGGUAUGGGUCUUCCCGGCGAGAAGACCUUCACCGUCUGCUACAACAGGGACAACCGCCCCUGCGGUGAUUGCCGUAAGACUGCUAAGCGCGGUGAGGGCUGCCUUUGCAAGCGGUAA